GGUUAACAUAAGUUUCCAUAAACUGUAACAAGUAGCAGGAAUACCAAAAAAGAAACAUCAAAAAGUUUUAAUUUAAUCAAAUACAUAGGCUGAAUUCAAUAUAUUUCUGAUGAGAGUUAAACAUUUCUUUAUAAAAGUGUCCAUCGUAUGCCAAAUUAACGACUUACCAAAUAAAAGAAACAAGUUUUAUCACUGGCUCAUGGGACACAGAAAGGUUCAUCACCUCAAUUUUAUUUCUCUUGCAGAAAAAGAAGUAGAAGGAGGCGAAUUCAGUCAAAGAACUCAUUCUAGUCGCACCAUUACAGGUCUUCGCGAACUCAGAGGGUAUAAAAGCAAGUAGAACCACCAAGGUUGUCACAGGUCGAAUCGUCAUCCCACCCAAUGAAGAUCCAUGCUGUGAUUUUCCUGUUCUCAAUUCUGCUUCGAAUUGAGUUUUCUAGUGCAUUUGAUUACGUUCUCGAGGCGUAUAAAUGGAAAACUUUGUGGUACGACAAUCAGUACAAAAGUGUUAAUAGGGACAAUUUGCUCCCAACUAGUGUUGUUUAUUAUCCCGAAAGAGGAUAUUUGUUCAUUGGGAUCAAGAGAGAUUGCCCAGCAAUCCCGGCUACACUCAAUGUGAUUGACGUAAAGAAACAUAGACCGGGAUCUAGCCCACCCUUAUCGCCCUUUCCUAAUUACGAGCUUAAUGAUAUUUUAUCUCAACAUGUGUAUGGAAAAACAAACACUGAUGAAGUAUUUGAUGAACCAACACAGAAUUUUAAAUCUGAAGAUAAUGAAUCGGAGAAACGGCGUGAUAAACCUGACGCCAAUGAUGUAUCAUCUAGUUCCAAUUUGAUGCCAUCUUACACCGUUUUUUCCUCGAAUUGGAAUAAUACUCAAUCCUUCAAUUACCGAAGUCAAACUCAAGCCGGAAUACAUAAAAACUCUGGUCAAUACCCUCAAACUGGACAUUAUACCCAGCCAGGGCAGCAACAUAAAAAUCCUAAUAAACCCUAUGUUCCUGUUGUGUUACCAUCUCAGCCCAGCAACCCUUCCAACCCUAAUUGGAAUAAUCCUGGACAUCAGAAUCCAUGGCUUGAAACAGGACUAUCAGAUCAGUCGAAAUAUCCGUUUGAUAAUAUGAAUUCUCAAGCUGGUAAUUUUAAACCACCCCCUCCUGAUUAUUUAACAGGAUCACAUCCAGGUUCGGCUGUGGGUCCAGUUCCAGGUUCUAUUCCAGGUGCUUCAAGUGAUAACAAUUGGGGAACACGGAGACCAAAACCAUUGAUUUCUGUAACAUCUAUGACAAUCGAUAAAUGUGAGAGACUUUGGUUGACGGAUUCUGGUGUGAUGAGGCAGGAAAAUAGGAGAUCUGUAAUAUAUCGACCUUCUCUUUGGAUUUUUGAUCUAACAUUUGGUGAGAGAUUAGGGGAUUAUAAUGUUAUUCGACGAGUGGAGCUUCCUAGAGAAAUUGUGGAAACAGGCGAAGGAAUUGGGGGUGUAACAGUGGAUGUUAGAGAUGGAUCAUCAUGUGAUUUUGCCACUGCAUAUGUUACAAAUUUCCUAGACAAUACCAUAGCCGUGUAUUCUUUCCAAAAGGCGGAUGGAUGGGUAUUCCAACACUUCUCAUUCAAACCCGACAGUCAGGAAAGUCAAUUCUUUUUCGACGGAUUCUCGUACACAGCUCAUCACGGGAUUAAUUCAAUGGCCCUCGGAUGGAGGGAAGCUCACGGAUACAGCACUGUAUUCUAUCAAUCUUUUUCAAGUUCUGGACUUUAUGCCACAUCUACUAGCGUUUUGCAAACUAAGAGUUUAGCUCCAAAGAAUUACAAUCGUCAUGAUUUCAAAUUUGUUGGCUAUCGAGGCUGUAGUAGUCGAUCACCUGCACUAGUUUUUGAUCAACGACAUGGAGUAAUAUUCUUCGCUAGUGUGCAGUCGAAAUCUUUGAGUUGCUGGAAUGUAAAAAAAUCUCUGCAUCCCGAAAAUAUUGGCAACAUUCCUGUGUCUCAUGAUAACAACAAUCAGAAAAGCUUGAACAUCGAUAGUCGAGGUGAUUUGUGGGUCAUCAGCAACGGACGCCUUCAAUGUAGUUUUCCACCUCUGCAAGGUAAUAGAUCAUACUCUAGUUCGAUCUAUCGAAUUAAUAUUGGGAAUGCUAUACGAGGUACCGUGUGUGCCCCCAGCGAAUUUAAAAAAUCAUCAAAAGAUGAUGAAGGAAAUCAAUAUAUAGGAGAUGAUCCAAUUGAAGACGCAGAAUAUUACAAGAAUUAUCUCACUGAUUAUCUCACAAAUUCGUUUGAAUCUGAAAGUGAGAUAACCUACAAACAUAUACAACCUGAAGAUGCGACUGAAUAAUCUUAUUUUCAUGCUGAGAAAUUGGAAAUAUUUGAAUUUAAAGAUAUUUAGAUAAAUAUCUGAGUAUAAAUAUAUUCCCUAUUUACCUGUGCA